UUUUUAGCAACAGACUCCAUAAAAAAAAAUUCAGCAAAAAACGUUUCACAAAAUUAACAUAAAUAAAAAAGGAAAGAAAAUUAAAAGUACAAAUUUCGAUAUAACAAAAAAAAAGAGAAUUUAGGAUAACAAAUAUACUUAAAUACAUUUAAAAAAAGACUUAUGAUUUCUAUGCAAAAACAAGUUUCGGUUUUCCAAAAGUGCAUUUUCAAUCAAAACACAAAAAACAAAAAAUAAUUUAAAGAAAAAAAACUUUUAACAUUAAAACGACGAUGAUUUUUGGCUUAAAAUCGCAUCAUAAUAAUAAAAACCUACCAAUAAAAACAGUGGCUAAUAUAAGCAAUAAUCAAUAAAGACGAAAAACAAACAGCUAAACAACAAAACAUCAUUACAAUACACCACACACAUAAUUACACUGACACCGGAACAUACAGUUUACUUUAUCAUUUACCAUACAGCUAGCAUUUGCUUAUAUCGCAGAUACUAUCCUAACACACCAAUAUAUAACACACAACACAACUCUACAUUAUUAGUUUUAACUAUUUACAAUUUGUUAAAAAAAAAAUUAAAAACAAACCUAAUAAACCACAAAACCAGUCGACAUUUGAAAUAUUAAGUUUAAAAUUAAAACUCAUUCAUCACUUGGGCUCGCUUAAAUAUAAUAAAACAAAAAGUUCAGGAACCAAAUUGCUAAAAAAUAUAUUUAAAAAAAACCUCGCAAAACAUUUAACAACAAAAGAAAUUCUACUUUUAUAAACCACACUUAUAAUUUCUUCGUUAUUUUUUUCUCAAAAAUAAUUGGGCAUUCAUUGCAAGUAAACAAAACAUUUUUCUAAUAAAACUUUGAUUCGAUAAUUUCGUAACUAAAAUUAAAUUUAAAAACCAAAAACUAAAUAAAUUAAAGCAUUUAAACACCAUUAUCAACAAAAAAUAAAUAAAUAAAAUAACAAAGGGCUACAAUUAACAUCACAACAGUGUUUAAAAACUGAUUAAUUUAUUUAAAUAAUUUGAAUUAAUUUCCGUUUAAAAAGACAUUUAAAAAUAAUAAUAAAAAAUAAUUGUUAUAAACAUAAUAUCGGGCUAUCAGUACACUACGCUGAAUAUAACAAUUAAUCUAAAGAGAUCGAUUAUUUUUUCCGUUUAAAUUUGAAUCAAUUCAAGAGGGCUAUACAAUAAAAUUACAACCACUGUUCAUAAUCAACGAACAGUAAAACUUUUUUUUUGUACUAACAACAACUUAAAAUUAAAUAAAUAAAAAAAACUUACCAUAUCUAUCGACGCGAAAAAACAACGUUAUAAAGUUUGAACUGCAAACAUAUUUUCGGACAAUUUUAUCUUUUCACUAAAAAAAAGGAACUUUUGGCUUACCAAAAAAAAAAUUGCAACUUUAAGACAAAUAAAAAAUAUAUAUUGACCUGUUAUUAAUUGUUUGUAAAAUAAAUCUAGUUAAAUUAAAAAAGAAGGAAAAAAGAAACAAAAAAUUAAACAAAAUUAAAAAAAAUAAUUCUUUAAAAAAACCAUAAAAAAUAUAUUGGGUGAUACUGUCUUGGCCUACACGUUUUGAAACCAAUGUGAUUAAAAAAUAUUUUACAUAAAAGAUAAAAUAUAUAUUAUAUAACAAAAAAAAAGAGAAAAGAAAAAACAAGAAAAACAAACGGAAUAAAUUAACUAAAUUGAAAAGGUUAAAGCAAAAACAAACAAAAAUAUUUACAAUAAAUAAAUCGAAAUAUUAAAAAUUGUGCCUUAAAUUGGCCUUAUAUAAAUUUUUUAAACAUAAAUUGUGAGAGCAAAAAAUCGUUAAACAUUGUCGUAAUCUAAUCGAGUCUAAAAGAAACUUUAAGCAAAAAAAUAUCAUUUAAAUAUAAAUUAAAUUUAAAAGAAAAAAUUGUGAAUUUUGUAAGACAACAUGAAAAGGAAAAAACUUUUAAUGUAAAAUUUAAAAAAUGUUCUUUCGGACACUGCACCAAAAAAACCACGUAGUUAAGACAAAGUACAAAAGAUAAAAAAUUUAUAUAUUUAAAUAUUAUUACGGGCUAUUAAAAAUUGACACGAUGAACUCAAAAUCGAACACUUAAUGACUGAAUUAGUUCUAAGAUUACCGGAAUUAGUUAAAAAUUAGUUCAAGCAAAAACUUUAAUAAAAAACUGAGAAUGUGUAUAGUUCAUAAAUCAAGAUAUCAACAAUUCGUUUAUCAAAUACGUCAAAUGUAUGGACUAACGUGACAAGCUUUUUCGUGUUUCACUCGUAUAUCCGGAGAAUUCGUAGGAUAGACGGCGAUCCAUCGAAGGCAUUUCCAUCGACAAUAAAUUUAAACAUUGCUGUAUAAGAUAAAUAAUCAACGGAAAUCACCUUAUUGUAACAAGGAGAUCACGGACAACCAAUCUACUAUCAGAUAACUACGUUAAACAUAGAGUAACUAUUGACUGUUCUGUGACCAAUGGCAAAAAACGGAGCAAAAUUGAUUUUUAUAAAAGAAAAGAAAAAGUUUAAUAAUUAAUUAAUAUGUGUACCUGUGACCAAAAUUAUAGUUGAAAUCAAUUCUGGGUGUUGAAAGAAAAUUUUCUUAAUUUCUUUUUUUUAAACAUUCGUUUACGUUUGUUGUGCCAAAAAAAUUAACCGGAUAACAAUAAACCAUGGUGUUACUGACAAAGCAUUUUGAUCAAACGUUUUACUCAGUCCAAAAUUAAAUAAAUGUUACAAAUGUGUAGUGAUCAUAAAAAGGUGUCGCAAUUACACUGAUAUGUGCUAAUAAAAAUUUUAAAUAAACCCAAACACGAUUAAUUCGACCAAAUUAAUCGCAAUGAACCAAUAAACUGAAACCGAAUAGGCUCCUUGACCAAUUUGUUUUUCGAACGAAAAACACUAAUUUGCGAGCAUAAAAGAAAUCAUAAAAGUGGAUCAAAACGACGUAGAAAAUUUUGUCAAUCGUUGGCUCGACCAAUCUGUCAAAAUUAAAGCCGAAGCUUUGGAUCUUCGGUCAACCAUUCCAUACAAUCGUAUCACAGACUAUCCAUCACACCAAAUGACCACAGACGUGCAACAGCAAGCCAACAAUCGAACCAUUUUCAAAAUGAAUACAGAUUUUUGGCAACAGGCCCGUGGUCCACCACUUGGGAACCAUUCACUUACCACAAAUCUUAUGAUAUCCACCUCAACACCAUCAUCAUCGAUGCUUACAAAUAAUCUGAAUGCGGCUGUAUCGGCUGCCACAUCACUAGUGACAACCAAUUCGGCAGGCGUUGCCGGUGGCUGUCCGUCAGUUAGUCCAAUAUCACAUCACGGUCCGGUACUGUCUCCAACGACAUUACAUCAUCAGUUACAACAACAGCUGAACCAGCAACAACAAGCAAAUUUACAUCAACAAAGUGCCAACAUGUUGUCGAGUAUGACGAGCAACGGACCCGGUACAAGUUCGGGAAGUUUAACGACACCAAUACCGGGUUCCGGUGGCCAUUUGACACCGAGUGAUGGAACGUCAUCAAAUAUGCAUAUGCAUUUGGCUGCCGUACAGCAACAAAAUCUUCAACAAAAUCAACAACAACAACAUCCACCACAGUCUCAUACACCUGGUGGAAGUUCAACACCUGAUAAUAAAAUGAAUACAGAGAAAUUGGUGAAUGAAUUUCAGCUACAAAUGUCAAGACCAAAUAGUGCAGCGGCGAUCAGUGAACGAACGCUUGAAGAAUGCUGGUCAACCCUUCAACGAGUGAGUUGGCAUCUCUUCCGUUGUAUAUUUAUGCACAAAAGCGCUAUGCAAAUGCAACAUGCACGUGAUAUGCAACGCGGCGUUAGCAGUGUCGGUGGUAAUCUGUCGGUGAUGGGUGCCGAAGUAAAACCACAUCAGUGCCAGCAAUGUUUGAAGAGUUUUUCUAGUAAUCAUCAAUUGGUGCAACAUAUUCGUGUACAUACUGGCGAAAAGCCGUACAAAUGUUCCUAUUGUGAUCGACGGUUUAAACAAUUGUCACAUGUGCAGCAACACACACGGCUACAUACCGGCGAACGACCCUACAAAUGUCAUUUACCUGAAUGUGGACGAGCCUUUAUUCAACUAUCAAAUUUACAACAGCAUUUACGGAAUCACGAUGCACAAGUGGAAAGAGCGAAAAAUCGUCCAUUUCAUUGUAAUAUAUGCGGAAAAGGUUUUGCUACAGAAUCAAGUCUGAGAACACACACGUCCAAGGUCAGUCAUUGUCAACUCAGCGGAUACGAUCUACGAAAAGCUCAACAGAAACAAGAACUGCAAUUGCAUCUAGGUGUACUACAACAACAUGCAGCUCUAAUCGGUGGUCCAAAUGCAACAUCCUGCCCUAUUUGCCAUAAAUUAUUCUUGGGCGCUGAAGCGCUAAUGGAACAUAUGAAACAUACGCAUAAAGAUCCGAACGCCUCAGGGGUAGCCAUUCGCUUAUCACCAACUGACCCAUACUUAGCCAAACGACGGACGGCCAACCACCCAUGUCCCGUAUGUGGAAAGCAUUAUGUCAACGAAGGAUCGCUGCGUAAGCAUCUGGCAUGUCACCCCGAAACAUCCCAGUUAACUACCAGCCUACGAAUGUGGCCGUGUUCAGUAUGCCAAGCCGUGUUUACACAUGAAGGAGGACUACUAACGCACAUGGAGCACAUGCGAAUGGAUCCAAAACAUCAAUUUGCCGCUCAAUAUGUUUUGUCCCGGGCUGCAGCAGAACGACGCGAAAGAGAUACAAUCUUAGCAGCAGCAGCUGCAGUGUCUGCAUCUAGUUCUGGUUUAUUGGGAAUGGGUGGCGGUGGACAAAAUUCAAUGUGUGCAUCACCUUCAGCUCAUUCAGAUAGUUCGUCAGGCAAUGGACGACUGUCGUCGGCGGGAUCAGAUCCAGGAGCUGGCCUCCUAAACAACAAUAACAAUAACUGUAGCAGUAAAUUAAGUGAUAUUCUUCGGGCUGGUAACAAUGGUCAUUUACAUCAGCAAUAUGGUGUCGACGACCUACAUUCUGCUAAUCGAAUGGCUUUAAUGACUGCAGCUGGUUUGGGUUCGCCUGGUGUUGGUGUUGAUUCAAAGUCGGCAGUUCAGGCGGCCGUAGUCAAUUUGGCUGCUGCAAUGCGAAUGGGACAAGUGGCGUCUCAACAGCAGCAAAAUCAAUUACAGCAGAAUAUCAAUAACGGUUCAAGUACGGGAGGAACAAGUGCCUCGCCACCAAUAACAAAUGACCAAGCAUCAGCUGCUGCACAAGCGGCUAUGAACGCAAUGCGAGUUUCAAUGGCUGAUUCAAUGAUGCGAUCGACAAUGGGCGAUCCAAUGUCACAUCAAUCACACCAUCAGCAUCAGCAAAAUUCACCUGAGGCAGCAUUAAGAAUGCAUCAGGCCGAAGCAAUACUACGAUCUCAAGCAGAAGCAGCGCUAAGACUAGCUGUAUCUCAAGCAGCUGCCGUGGCUGCUUCGAACAGCAACAACACCAAUAACAUUACUGAUAGUAUACGAAAUGAUGUCAAUAAUUCGCUACGUCAUCACAAUGGUGCAUUUGGUGGUAAUUCAACUGGCGGACAAGGAGGUUCAAAUGUUGUAUACAACACAAACGGAUCGCAACAGCAAUCUCAGCAGCAUCAACAACAACAGCAGCAGCAACAACAGCAAUCCCAGCAACAAUCAAAUUCAACAAAUCAACAACAAAAUCCACCUCAAUCUCAAACACCAUCACAAGUAACCAGUGAUAUGGCUGAUGCAUUACGAUUGCAGGAACAACGACUUGAGCAGGCACUACGAUUGCAUGGUGGCGAUCCAAGAGCAGCGCUUGGAUUCUCAUUAGCCAGCCACAAUCAAUCGCAGCAACAUCAAUCCUCACACAAUCCAUGAGAUUUUAACUUUUUUUGAACGAAAUUUACAGCGGCUGCAUGCGACAAACAACAACCGAUGAGUCUAUUUCCACAACGAAGUGAUCUCAAAGUGAGUUAAUAAUCACUGAACCAUUUGUCGCAUUUGUAAACAAAAAUGAAAGAAAAAAAUUGUUUUGAAUCAAACUUAAAAAGAUUUAAUGUAGUGGCCGUUGUAACGGAUAUGUUGAAAAUAUAAGUAAAAUUUAGGAUUGAUUAGAUUUUUGUCGGUGUUUGAAGAAAAAAAAUCAGAUAAGAAUGCAUUUUGUGUCCAAUAUGUUGAGUUUACCAGUGAACCGUUAUAAACUAUAAGAAAUACAUGUCGUUGUCGAAAAAAAGAAAAUAUUUAAAAAUUGAGAAAUUUGUUGCCGGUGAUGGAUAUUCCGUAUUCAAUUGAAUUCAAUUAAAACAACAAUCAACCAAAAGCAUAUUCCAAAAGAAUUUCUUCCAUACAUUUGCUGAAACAAGAAUAAAAAACGUUACACAUGGUUCAACGUGCACUGGUGGCUCCGUCUGAACAAAUCUUCGGUAAGUUGUGAAAGCUUCUACAAACAUUUCGAUUGAAAGUUCAUUUGAUAUGAGCCACCACACAGCAUUUUAUAUUCUCUUUUACCUUCUUCUUCAUACCGAUAAUGUAUAACAUUUACUGCUGUAAAACAUUUGAAACAUUUGUAUAGUUUCCUAAAUGGAUAUGAAUGGAUCGGAUUUUUCUCAGGAAAUUCUUUUUCGUGAAAAUGUCUCGUGUUGAUUGUAAAGUUAAAUUAAAAUCGGUUUUUUAAGUGAAAUGCAAUCCGGUUAUUCCAUCAUCGACUACUAAAUAUUCUUAAAAACGAAAAAUCGAGUUAGAUAAUACCAUCUUGAUGACUAGAAUUUUAUUUGAAGAGAAAAUCGUUGAACUAAAUCAAACAAAGUAACAUAUUAGCGAUACAUGAGAAAGAAAAGAAGAGAAAUUAGAAUAAAAUAAAUUAAUUAAUUAACAGAACUUGCUAUGAAAAGUGUACAUAUAGAUUAUAUUAAAUUGUAUAGACUCAUAUAUAAGUAUGUAAUCAACAUAUAUAUAUUUAUAUUUAUGCAAAAUGUACAUUAACUUCACAACAACAACAAAAUUUAUUAGACUUAAGAGUGAGUGCAUUUAAAAAUAUAAAGAAAAAAGAAAAACUCUUUGAGAUAGAUUACUAUAAUAAAAUACUUGUAAAUACGUAUAUAUUCACCUAAAAUUCAGAAGAUUUGAUGAGAGAUAAUUUUACGAAAAACAAAAACAAAUUUAAAAUAAAAAUGAAAUUAAAUACCAGAAGAAAAUCCCAAAAUUUAAAAUUUUUAAACAAAUCUCGGAACGGCUCUGCAUAACCAAAUUUUUUUUGCUUAUUCAAAGAACAGACUCGAAAUUAAAAUUGCAUUCAGGUAAUGGAAUCAGGAUCAAUAGUUUACUUUAUGGGUUCCAUUUUGUUUGGAUCUUUUUUUUUGUACAGCGAAGACAAAUCAAACUUUUGGCCUGUGGGGGCACAUAUCAGUCGCUCGAAAGGCCACGGGCUGAGACCUAUGUCGUAAUACUAGCUACUACAAAGACCAUUGAUUCCACAACUUCUAUGUUAGAACUUCCAAAUGGGUGGCAUAAUGAGGUAUGGAAUUUAAAAAUAAAAUUUGAAUUGAUAAGCGGGUCGUGCUUGAUAAGUUAAAAAUUCAAAAAUGUGAGUGGUUUGACACGAAAGACUUUUCAAUAUUUAUCUUUAAAUUGCAUUCUUUAUUUGAUACCAAUGGCUCUUAUGGCUCUUAUAUACACUAGGUUUAUCCUCGUAAGGGUUCUCCUAACUCACGCACAUCAAAUGUUUUUCGUAACGGGUAGUGUAAUUGUUUUGCAUAGGUUUCAAAUCGUGAUCUUUUGAUGGAUUGACAUGCUCUCAGCCUCUUGCUCUAGUAAAAAAACAUUUAAUUAUAAAUUCUUUCAUCCAUUUCUUUUCGUAAUUAGUUAACCUUUUGCCUUCUCAAACUUCUUAUUGUCUUCCAAUAUCUCCGAUAAAAAGUCUAUUUAAAGUUCUUGUUCCAUUACCUUCUUCAAAAUUCUCAUUACCUCUCCCGAGACCGAACCCAUAUUGAUCAGUCAUUGAUGAUAAUUAUUUCGUAAUCUAUUUCCGUCCGCAAAACACACAAAAAUAAUUAGAAGAAAAACCACAGUGACUAGUUGUUUUACCUAUUUGAACAUUUUUAAAAUCAAAACGUACAAAAAAUAUGAUGUUAUAGUGUCACGGAUAGUCCAUAAAAUUUUAUUAAAAUUCUGUGUGCGUUUUAUCAUAAUAAAAACUGAACCACCUGGGUUUGACACUGUUUUUCGACUGACGCAGAAACAAAAACCAAUAAAAUUGAAAUAGGCUCUUAAUCCUCCAAACUGUCCUUGAGUUGUGUAUCCCGAUUUAUUAUUUUGUCUCACACACAGGGUCUUAGUGACUGGAUCUCUUUAAAGAUUUUGUAAUAUAAAAUAUUAAAUUUAAAGAAAAAAAAAAUGCAAAUUAUGAGCAAAAUAGGUAAAAUGUUUCCUAUUUAAAUGAACAAAAUAAAAUAUGAAAAAUUUAAAUAAAUGAAAAAAAGAAAAUAUAAUUCAAAACCAAUUUUGAGUAAAUGAAAUUAUUUUAACAAAAAGAAAAAUAAAAGAGAAAAAACGGCUAUAAAUGUUACAUAAAGUAAUUUUAGGAAUGAUAAAGAAAUCAGAGAAUAAUUAACUUGUCAUAUUCAUUCAGAGACGCUAAAAUACGUAUAUGACAAUCUUCUGUUACAACAGUCGUCGCAAAAUUUAAUUUUUACAACAAAAAUUGUGCUCAUCAAUUCGCAAAAAGGGAAAAAAUUCUUCAUUUAAAAAGAAAACGAUUUUGAAAAACAGACUUAAAAGAAAAACAUAAAACUGUACAAAUGUCGUGUGUGAAUGCAAUGUAUUAAAUGGUGUGAUCUGUAAUUAAUCCUUCAUAAAACAUAGAACGUCCAAUUCUUUUGAUUUAUUUUUUAAUUUUGAAAUUCACGUGACCUAAUUUAUAAAUUUUUUAAAUCUUCAACCGUAUGACUCGCUCCCAUUAUAUUUAUUCCAUUGCAUUUUAAUUACCACAUCAGGUUUACAUUUACAUCGAAUUGAGAUCAAAUCUUGAUGCAACAAAUUUCAUAUUGUUGUUGUGCAUUUAUUACAGAGUGGAUGGGGAUAGAUAAAAGAAUUUAGUUAUCUGAAUUCGCCGACCACCACUACAGUAAUAUUAUUAUAAUUACAUCCGUUGGUAUGGAAAUCGAUUCCAAUAGGCGAUCCAAUUAAUUGGAUGAUUCAGUGAUUUAUUCGAAAAUUUAUUUACUCAACAGACUAUAAUACAUAUUCGAUUUGGUCGUGGUUGUUGGUAAACCGUGGAUAGUGUCAGUAAUACACAAUGAUAUGCUUUGCUCUAAAAAAAAUGCCUAUUAAAAGUAUGUAACACCAAAUUAACUCGGUGCAAUUUCAUUUCUGAUUCACGUUAACUUUCGAAAACAUCCCCAUCCUAAACCACAUUCAAUGAUUUUAAUCGAAGUUAAAUUAGCGAUGCUAAUUUUGUAAAAUACCUUCACUAAUAGCAAAAUGGCAGGUGAUAUUUAAAUUAGCAAAGACCAUUCAAAAUCGGUGCUUUUACAUUUAGCUAAUCUAGUGGUAGUGUAAUUCAUAAACAAACUAAAUUCUCAAAUUCGCUUAAAUUCGUUACAAAAUCCAGAAAUCCCUCUAAGGAAGAAUAUUCUUAAAACUCGACAAAGAAAAUCAUCUGUGGCUUUGAUUUAAAUGUCAAUCUUAUUAUGCAAUGGAGACGUAAUAAAUUUUGGUUCGUACGAUCGAAGAAAUAAAGUCCAAUUGAGUAAUCGAAAGAAUGUAUCGACCAUCAAGCGAUUCUUUCACAUUUAAAUUGAAUGAAAAAGAAAAAUUUUUAAUUCAAGUUUUCCAUGAGUGGAGAACGCCUGUAGAUGGGAACAUCGAAACUAAGAGAAAUUUCGCGACAAAAUUAACAAUUGAUUCGGAGAAAAUUUUAUUUUUACCCUUUUUUCUGUUCGAUAUUGAUUUAAACUUUUUGAAGAAAAAGAAACAUUUUCGAAAGAAGAAAAAAAAAAGUCAACAAUUACAGUUAAUUUGCAACAGAUAACCAAAUGAAAAUAUAGAAAUCCCCAAACACAACCAAACCGAUAGAUUUUCCAAACCAAGGAAACGCUAUCGGCACCCCUUCAUUAUAUAUGAUAAUUUAUAUUUAUUUUGUGCAUACUAUAUACGAAAUAAAUAUAAAUCUUUGUAAUUUUAUAGAACAAAAUAUUUCUUAUAACAAAAUAAUAAAAUAAAACUCUCUGAUAAGUGUACAUUUUGUCCAUUACAAUUUUUAUUAAAUGUCUGUUUGUCAAUAUUCAAUGUAAUAAUUAAGAACCACAUUAAGCCCAUGGAAUUUUAUGUGACCACAAAAUUUGUGAGAUUUUGGAGACUGCUGACAAUCAUCAAAAAAAAAGUCACAAAUUCCUCCACCCGUACCAUCACACAUUCCAUAAAAUUUCAUGCGACAAGAACGGUUUUACCAAACAUAAUUGUAAUAAAUAUUUGCUUGAACGACGAACGAAAAGUUGAUUCGAUCAAUUGAUAAAGGAAAACCAAGAAAAAAACUAGUCAACAACAAAUAGAAAGGACAUUGCGAAAUAUCUCUCAGACAAAUUAUAAAUUUAUAUAAUUAAUUGAUGUAAAAUGUAAAGAAGAUUGAGAAAGAAAAAUAAUACUCCCAGACGAUGACGAUAAUAUAUGAUCCAUUUCUGAUCCAUAUCGAAUUGAGAUCUAAUUAAUAAAAAAAAAAUGAAAAGAUAAUCACGGACGUGUCAAAUGAAUUAUACACUAAAUAAACGAUAAUUAACAUGCCAUACAUAUUUUUAAAAUGAAAAAAAAAAAUAAUUUGCAAUAGCCCAAAUUGCUGGAUAAUAUUUGAAUAUAUUCGAAUAUUGGCAGCAAUACACAUACACAUUCUCACAGUUUAUGUUUUAAAAUAUCAAAAACUGAUGUUGUUUAAUCUAAAAAAAGAAAUAAAAUUAAAAAUAAAACGAAAAAAAAUAUAUUAUCAACGGAAUAGAACUAACUCAUUCCGCCAGAAAAGAAAAACCGCAAAUAUAGUUAUUGAAAUAUAAUAAUAAUGUAGAUGCUAUAUGUAAUUCAACAAAAACAAAAUCAUCAUCAUCAAUUCAGUUAUCUAAGUUAAAAUAGCCCGGAAUGUUUGAUAAGCACAAAGUAUAUGAAA